AUGGAAUCAAAAGUACUUGGUAGGUCAUGUACAUCACCAUUAUUGACAAUUAAAGUCAAUGAAACUCUCAUCCACCUCCCUCACUCUUUCCAUCCGACCCAACCCAUAAAAAAAUAGAUGGGGGAGCUCUGCAAUUCAUCAUCACCAUAGCCAUAACCGAGCUCAAAGUUGGAGGAGGUUCAAGGGAGAAGAAAAGCUUGGAGAAAAUGAAGAAAACUUAGAAAAAUCAAGUUUCAGCCAGAUUGUAUAACUAAAUAGUCCGCCCAACUAAACCGUAUGAUACCGCAACUCCAUCAUCUUCUACGCUGAAACGCCGGGAAAAGAAAUCGGGAAUGGAACUGAUGCUUACCUAUAACGACGACAGACGAGUUAUAUGGCGGGAACAGACGACACUCUAAGAAGUGUAACUCCGGCCUUCCCCGGCGACGAUGGUGACGUUCAGCGGCGGUGCAACUCCGGCCUCCUCUUAGUCUGGUAAUAACUGCGGCGGAAAUGGCUCAGCAGAACUGGCGUCUCUCUCCCCGACGUUAGUUUGUCCUGUGUCACUCCCUCUCUCUCUGUUCCUUCUUUUUUUUUUUUUUCUAUUUUUCUCUCGAUCUUACGGAAAUUCUUUUUCUUUCGCAGAUCGCCGUUCACCUCGGUGCCAGGAAGUCCGUAGGUGGUGCUGCUAUUUAUACAGAGCUUUGAAUAUUCCAGACUUAAUGUUACCAAUCUUUGACAUUCAAUUUAGUUAAAUGCCUUUCCUUUGUUAGAGGACCCGCCAUGGAUCUGAAAGCUAUCACCGCUUUGAGGAACAGACUUGACAAGGAGCAGAAGAAAAAGGAUACCGGUCUCCAGAAGCCAGUUGAUGCCUUCUUUAAGAAGGAUGGUGCUGCCCCGGUUGUCGAGGGCACUUCCAAGGAUGCGGGGGAAGGCCCCCAGGUCGAGGGGGUGACCAGGAAGAGAGCCGGCAAAGGCCAGGUGCCCCCGGAAAAGAAGAGGCCGAAGAAGAGAGCUGCCGAGAAGACUGACAUUCCGGUGGUGAAUGUAGAAGAGUUGUCUUCCUCCCAGGCGUUGGUGUCUACUCCCCCUCGCUCCCCCAUUGUUCCUGCUGCCGGCGAGUCAUGGCCUCGAGAAGAUGUGCAGUUCUCCAUAAGGAAGGGGGCUGCCGUCGUGCACGGCACCUUGGACCCGAAGGAGUUCCUAAAUGGUGCUACCCCUCCGCUUGAUAGGUCGCUCCUCGGCCGUUAUGGGGAUGAGGACCUCGAGUCAAAGCUCCUCCAGGCCUCCGUUACAGCUAGCGUGUUCCUCGGAGAACAUGUCCGGAGGCUGGAGCAAAUGCGUGCUCGCAAGGCGGAGGAUGACGAGGCCCUCAGGAAGCUCGUCACAACAAAUACCGAGGCCAUCCGACAGAUGGCAACGCUCGAGGAGACCCUCCGGCUAGAGAGGGAGGCCGUGGCAGCGAAACUUGAGGGAGCUAAAGCCGAGGGGAAAGCCGAGGCGGAGGCAGCAGCUGCUGCAGCAGCCAAGGAAGCAGCCGAGGCCGCAGAGAAGUCAAAGGCGGAGGCGGUAUCUCAAGCUGUCGCAGACUUCGUUGCCGGAGGCUGGAGGGGGGAGGACCAGGAGGCGUGGAGGGCCGUGGUUGUCCGGGAAGAAGUCGACGCCUGGGUUAAGGGCCCCGGCGCUGAAUGGCUGGCGCUGAAGGGCAACGAGUACUGGCAAGGGGGGAGUUCUUUACCCAACGCCUGAUCUACCGGAAGCUAGCCGUGCAUCAAGACAUUGACUUGAAGGAUUUCAACCCUGAUUCAUUCGGCCUGCCCCCGCUCCAACCAGAUGUCAGGGUACCCCUACCUGAAGGCGUGGAGAGGCCCAUCCUCCGAGACUCUUUGCUGUUGCAGGAAUGCGGCGGAGACGAGGAAGAGGCUGGCGAUGAUGCUACUUCUAAAGCUGCCGAGGAGGGGGCCUCAACUGCUGAUACUUAGAAUUCUUGUAGCAUUUUUGAUGUAAUACUCACGUCAGCUAUCGGCUUCGGCCUUAGUAUGUAAAGAAACAUCUUUUGGUACUUGAAUAUUAGUUUUUGGUGAUGAAUGAUUUGCCUUCGGGCCCUUUCUCAAUGGAUGCUUCCGGU